AUGCCAGAUGAACAAUCUCCCAUCGCCGUUGAUACCUUGAAGAAAGAGGCUCCGAGCGAAGAUGCCUCUUCAGACGAACCCCAACCACGCCCGGAUUUGGAAAUGCCCGAAUGCCAACUGCAUGUCCCCGGCACUAAACUCACAAGGAUUGCACCCAGGGGGAAUACUACCGUUCUCACCAAGGCCACGCCCUCGCAAGACACAUGCGUCUUCUCUUUACCCUUGGAAGUCUUCCACAUGAUCUGGGCUUACCUGACACCUGGCGAAUCUAGGACGGCCCUCGCGCUGACCUGCCGAUUAUUCUAUCGCCACUUCAAAGUUAAGCGGAAUAUCAACCGGGAAAUACUGCAACUCUGGCUCGAGAAAGACACCCCCAAUCUCUAUUUCUGUACGCUUUGCAGAAAGCUGCACACCUGGUGUUGCGGGGAAGUUCGUCCCAUGGCCGGGUACGGAGGCCGGUACCCGACGCGCGUGAUUAUCAGCUACGACGGACGGUGCCGAUACCGAAAACUUUCGGAGGACCCCGCUUCUCUGGGGAACGCCCAAGGCAUCAAACUCGAGACGGCCCGGCUCAUCAUAAACCGGCAUUUAUACGGAGAAGCACACGGUCCCAGCCCGGAUGCUCUCUCUUUCACUCGCCACAGACCCGCCGCGGCACUCCCAGGGCAAAAGACUAGCGACAUUAUGAUCGAGGAGUCCCGGCGUCUUCGGAUCAUCGACGGCGAGUUAUACGUGCGGGAGAACUCGGUUUUAUACCACAAGGAAGCCGACGAAAACGCUCUCCGUGCUUAUCUCAACAAGCCAGGGGGCAAUGACAUAAUGCCACCCAUAUGUCGCCACAUAUCGAGGUACUCUCGCAUCGACAAAACAAAGCUGUGCAAGAACGAAACAGGCGGUUCUGGAGACUUCGUAGGCCCCAUACUGUCGUGCAAGCAUUGCUACACCGACUACCACAUUCGGGCGCGGUGGCAUCCAGCGGAUGGUCGCCGGCCCGCUGGAUGGGCCGAGUGGGGGAUUAGGUACGAAACCCAUCAGCAGCAUUUGUGUCACGGGCACAGCCCGUUCCUUGUAAGGGUUAGGGUUGCACGGCUGAGCCCCGAGGUGGGGGUUCUGGUGGUAGGGCUCUGCGUCGCGCGGACCACCGCUGGCAUUGUUGAGACUAUGCAGAAGGACGCGACCGGCCGAGAGUUCCUCAAGAUCAUUGAAAAUGUGGUCGGCACACAGAACAGCCGAUACAACAAUUUGCAGGCCAACGCUGAUAGCCUGCGGGCGACCGUCAACAACGGCGCGGCGGAGCUCGCCGAGUACAAGGAGGCCCUUACCAAGGCCCGCGCCGAGCGGGACACCUGGGAGAAGGCGGCCGGUAGGAUCAAGGCCGGCAGCGGCGACACGCAACCAAAAAUUACUCUGGGAAUUGAUAUCCUUAUCGCGAUGGCCGAUUGGUUCGUGAGCACGCUGCACUCGAUUUUGGUCACGUGCCUCAUUGGCUCUGCCGAAACUGCUUCAUCUCCGUGUCCUCGCAAUCCGCUCGACAAUCGCGAACAUCGCGGUUCUCGCCGUUUCCACGUCUACCGCUUUUCAAACCCAGGCCUUUCCAUGGAAGACGUGAUAGUCGUUCUGGGCGGCACUGCCGAGGCCGCUGCGGAGACAGCCGUGACACGCAAGUCGUGUACCAAAUGCAAUACUGAGCAGAACAUUGACCAGUUCCUCGAUGCCCGCGGGAACGGAAGGAUUGUUGUCAACUCUAGCCAUUCCCAUGGGCUCUACUGGUUCCAUGGGAGCCCCCCUCCUGAUAUGGAAACUCCUGAGUCGAGAAAGCACUUCGCAAAGAUCUGGGGAUACCACGUCACAGCUGUGAACCCGCAGCGAGAUCAUGGUGCUGACGAGGGUAACCCUUUAUCUGUUGAUUCUCUAGAGACGGACGUUACCUGGGAGUGGCUGAACAGAAUUGUCAACCGCUGCCAGCGACACCAUUGCUCGACGACUUACUGUCUUCGGGUGACGAAGAAAGAUGCCCGGCGGGCUAGAGAGGCUGGAGAUAGAGCUGAGGUCGCAGAGGCGGCCGGGGAGACUGCUGGAGGAGAGCAGCCAGCGCCAGAGCCCACGUGUCGUUUUCUCUUCCCCCGGCCUGUCCGAGAGGCUGCCGAGGUCAUCAAGAGGCCUGGAAAGGGCUGGUGGUCGUUCGAAGCCGAACGCAACGAUACCCACCUGAACCACAAGUCUGAGGCCCAGACCAGCACAUAUGCGCAGAUUGCACAGAACAUCCUGCCCCACAUAUCAGACAAUAACCCGAUAGUUUCAGGCAUGCUCGCCCCAAUCGACAUCGCGGCUGAUGGCGAUAUCCAGGAGUCUCAGACAGCAUACGAGAAGUAUCUUCGGCGGCCUGGCUCAAUGGAUGACGUCUCCUACUUUGAGUUCCUGCAAGACUGGAACUUCAAGGCGCGGAAUCCGGCGAGGUGGGCGAUCUGGCAGCCUCCUGCAAUGCCCAGGGUGUUGUAUUAUUACCCCCGGUACAAGCCGGUCCGUUCCCAUCAGCAGUACUCUGACUUCUGCCGCGUCAAGCUGCUCCUGAACCACCCCCAUCGCCAGUCGGAACAAUUGCUCGAGGUUGAUGAUCUGCAGUUUGACAACUACACUUCCGCAUAUCAUUACUGUCUCGAGCACCACGUCCACCAGGACGACCACUACGUAAUUACGACGUGGAAGAGAUGCCCCCUCGCAGCCCGUGACACGUUGAACACGCAGCAGCGGCAGGUAUACGACACGGUCAUGCGCCACUACAGAGCCAAGAACGAGAACCGUCAGCCUCCGCCCCUUCGUCUACAGAUCGACGGAGGAGGUGGGACUGGAAAGUCGUACAUGGUGAAGGUGAUCUCUUCUCAUCUUCAGGCCGAGGCAGCUUCCUAUGGCCGAGUUUCCCCCAUUGUCAGGGCGGCCCCGACGGGCGUGGCGAGCAACCAGAUAGGGGGACAGACUCUGCAUUCCCUUCUGCGGCUCCCCGUCGACGGAAAUUACCGCUCGCUCUCCGAGACCCCGACGACCCUCAACGCCUUGCAGCGGCGGUUCAGGGGCAUCCACUACCUCGUGAUUGACGAGAAGAGCAUGCUCGGCCUCAAGACCCUCGCGUGGAUCGACCAGCGCCUACGAGAGGUGUUCCCGGAGAAUCGCGACGAGUUCUUCGGCGGCCUCAGCGUCAUCCUGAUCGGGGACUUCUUCCAGCUUCCCCCUGUUCUGAACAAGCCGCUGUAUUCAACGCGCGACGACCUGAAGGAUAUCGAGAUGGUCGGGCGCAACGCAUACCUCUCGUUCGACAAGUCCGUGUUCCUGACCACAAUACAGCGGCAGCAGGGCGAAGACCAGGCUCCUUUCCGAGCGAGGCCUUGGAAGAACUGCGAAAGGCUGAUGUGUCGCUUUGCUGAUGCGCUUCGCAUCUAUCCCACCAAGACCCAGGUCGUCGAGUACAACCACCAACACAUGCUUGGCCUGGACAGCCCCGCCAUUCAGGUCGAGGCAAAGCAUGAGGGUGUUGGUGCGGAGAAGGUUGAAUCCUCAAAUGCCGGCAACUUGGCCAAGCGCUUGCCCUUGUGUGUUGGUUGCAGGGUGAUGCUGACGCGAAAUUUGUGGGCCGACGUCGGGCUCGUCAACGGCGCACAGGGCACAGUCUACGACAUAUCCUGGAAAGAAGGUGCCGACGUGCUGCGAGACCCGCCCGAGGUCAUCAUAGUAGCCUUCGAUGACUACGACGGCCCGGCCUUCACGAUGCCGAACGGGGAGCCGCUCCGUAGUGGAGAGAAGCUGGCUGUUCCCAUCCUCCGAGUGCGGCAGGACUUCAUGGUCGGCGCCAACUCAUGUUCAACAGAGCAGUUCCCGCUGUUGGUCAGCUAUGCGAUCACCGUCCACAAGUCACAGGGCAUCACCCUGGACAAGGUUGUCUGCGACAUCUCUGCGCCAGAGUUUGCUUCUGGCCUCUCCUACGUGGCCGUUUCGCAGGGUGAAGACACUCGGCGGGCUGAUGUUUGA